CAAGGUUUAGACCCAGUGUGCCUGGUGGGCUGUGCCCAGGUUCAGAGCCAUGCCAGUCUGUGGGUGACGCCUGAGGCAGUAAUGGAGCCACUACAGCAGCAGCAGCAGCAGCAGCAGCAGCAACAGCAACAGCAACAGCAACAGCAGCAACAACAACAGAAGCAGCCGCACCUGGCUCCUUUGCAGAUGGAUGCCAGAGAGAAGCAGGGACAGCAGACGAGAGAAGCCCCAUUCUUGUAUGCCCAGAAGCUGGUCACACAGCCGACUCUUCUUUCUCCUGCACCUGGGAGGCCUUCUGGCAGCCCUGCACUGGGUCCCUUAGUCAGAGUUCCACAGGCCACAGUAGUGGCCCGAGUUUUUGAACGGGGCAAUGUGAACUCAGGGCCUAAGGAAGAGGAAGGAGGUUUGGAAGAUGAGGAUGGAGAUGAUGAAGUUGCAGAGGUUACUGAGAAAGACACCCAGGCUGCUUCAAAAUAUUUUCAUGGGCAGAAAGCAACUCGCCAAGAACCCCGAGCAGCACCCGUGUCUAAUCUGCUGCCAGCACCAGGGCUCCCACUGCAUGGACAACAAGCUAAAGAAGACCAUACCAAAGAUGCCUCCAAGGCCCCACCUUCCAUCUCCACACCAGGGCAGCCGAACUGGAAUCUGGAUGAGCAGCUCAAGCAGAAUGGUGGUGUGGCCUGGAGUGAUGAUGCAGAUGGAGGCCGGGGAAGAGAGAUCUCUCGAGAUUUUGCCAAGCUGUAUGAACUGGACGGUGAUCCUGAAAGGAAAGAGUUCCUGGAUGACCUCUUCGUCUUUAUGCAAAAGAGGGGGACCCCCAUCAACCGAAUCCCCAUCAUGGCCAAGCAGAUCCUGGACCUGUACAUGCUGUAUAAGCUGGUGACCGAGAAGGGGGGCCUGGUGGAGAUCAUCAACAGGAAGAUCUGGAGGGAGAUCACCAAAGGCCUGAACCUGCCCACGUCCAUCACCAGCGCCGCCUUCACCCUCAGGACCCAGUACAUGAAGUAUCUAUAUGCCUAUGAGUGUGAGAAGAAAGCCCUGAGCUCCCCAGCUGAGCUCCAGGCAGCCAUUGAUGGCAACCGGAGGGAGGGCCGACGGCCCAGCUACAGCUCCUCCCUCUUCGGCUACUCACCCGCUGCUGCCACUGCCGCUGCCGCUGCCGGGGCCCCUGCCCUUCUCUCCCCACCCAAAAUCCGCUUCCCCAUCCUCGGGCUUGGUUCCAGCAGUGGCACCAAUACCAGCAGCCCUCGGAUACCUCCAGCAGCCACUCUCAGGAAAGGUGAUGGAGUCCCUGUGACAACAGUGCCCGUGCCAAAUCGCCUGGCUGUGCCUGUGACGCUGGCAGGCCAGCAGGCCAGUGCUCGGACCGCCACACUGGAGCAGCUGCGGGAGCGGCUGGAGUCAGGGGAGCCCCCUGAGAAGAAGGCAUCGAGGCUGUCUGAGGAGGAGCAGCGCCUGGUGCAGCAGGCCUUCCAGCGCAACUUCUUCAGCAUGGCGCGGCAGCUCCCCAUGAAAAUCAGGAUCAACGGCAGGGAAGACAGAGCAGAGACCUCAGCGGCAGCCCUGAACCUGACCACGAGCAGCAUUGGGAGCAUUAACAUGUCCGUGGACAUCGACGGCACCACCUACGCGGGUGUGCUGUUUGCCCAGAAGCCUGUGGUCCACCUCAUCGCGGGGUCUGCUCCCCAGAGCCUGGGCAGCGCCAGCAGCAGCAGCAGCUCCCACUGCUCGCCGAGUCCUACCUCGUCCCGGGGCACCCCCAGCGCAGAGCCCUCCACCAGCUGGUCCCUCUGACGGCUGGACCCCGCUUCCCACUCCCCACUCUCCUGCUGAGGGUGAAGGAAGUUGCUGCACAGAAUUUACCUCAUCUCACGGAGCCCGUGUGAACACCACUUGGCCAGACACUGCACGUUUGGACGUGUCCGUCUGUCCAGGCUCCAUUCAGGUCCUGCUGUACUCUGGGGGCAGAGAGAGGCCGGAGGGGCAGGACAAGGCAGCGUUGUCCAAUCAGGGAUUGUCCUGGAGAACUGGGCGGGGGUCUUUGGGCGUCCAGCUUUCUCCAGGGUUCCCCGGCCACCUCCCACCCCGGGGCACAGUGUAUCGACAAUCUGUAAGCCGACACAGGGCUGGAGGCCCUCCAUUUCCCUUCCCCUUUAAUUUAUUUCCCUGCCUUCUGCCAUGACCCCAGGGUCACUAGUCUCUUCCCCUGCUCAGUCCCCCAGUUUUUAAGUCCCACGUGGGGCUGUCAGGAACCACGAGCACGCCUUCCCGGUCCUUCUCUGCUGAGCGUGGGAUACAGCUCUCCUAGCCCGCCUUGCCUGCUGUUUGGUUCCCCAAAUGGUUCCCCUGCAUUUGGGUCCCUCAAAUGCAGGUCUAGAAUCAGUCCUCAGGGCCCCGUAUCCCCCUUCAGUGGUCCCAGGAAGGAGCAGGUGAGGGUCACCUUCAGGUCCCAGGGCCUGCUGGGCAUCUGCUGAGGGGGGAGGCAGAGCCUCUGGGCUGUCCAGGCCCUGGCACCGGUUUCACGCGGGCCUUUUUCUGACCCCCCCAAACCUCAUGUUCCCCACUUGCCCUGGUUGGCCAGCUCUCCCAAGAGCAGCCCACUUGUUCCUUGCCCCCCCUUCUCUCACGGGGCCAUCUCA